CUGUGUCAGGUGUGCGACAUGGCGUCUAAACCUCACGCUCCUCUCAUGAAGAAGCACAGUCAGACAGAUUUGAUAAGCCGCCUGAAGAGCCGGAAGAUCCUUGGAGUUGGUGGUGAAGAUGAUGAUGGGGAAGUGCACCGCUCAAAGAUCAGUCAGAUGCUUGGAAAUGAGACGAAGUUUGCAUUGCGAGAGCCUAUUGGGCUGAGAGUGUGGAUAUUCGUCUCCGCUGUGGGUUUCACUGCAAUGGCUUUGAUGGCUCUGGUGUUUCCCAACCAUCUAUAUGAGGUUGUUUUUGAGGAGGAACUUUCCACGACCAGCAUCUCUGUUCGCCUUUAUGGAGGAGCUCUACUUAGCCUGGCCCUCAUUAUGUGGAACGGUCUCUACACUGCAGAAAAGGUCAUCAUCCAGUGGACUCUGCUUAGUGAAGCCUGCUACUUCGCUGUCCAGUUCUUGGUGACGUCCAUCACCUUAGUGGAGAUCGGCAUUCUGCCAAACAAUGCCAUGCUUCUGCUGCUGAGUCGAGUUCUCUUCCUGGUAGUCACCAUGGCCUACUACUACCACCUGGGCCGUAAACCAAAGAAGAUCUGAGCUGUUUCUUAAAGAAGGGGAUGUUUUGAGCACAGAUCACAAACAUGGAGUCAGAAGGUUUGGAUUAUGAUUUGACUGGGACUAGGAGCGAUACUUUGCCUUUAGACGCGCCUUGCCCCCUUCCGCGGGACCUAGCCAAACAUAAUGGCCAGAGUUUAACUGAUGAGCACAGUGUCACAUUUCAGACUCUACAGCAGGAACUAGAUUGAGGGUGAACUGCUCUAACUGGGCUGCGAGGUCAAACCCCUCUUGACACACAUUCCUCUUUUUGUGCAGUUUUGAUCUGUGGUAUUACAACCCAGGAAUUAGCAUCAUGUAGUGUGUUGCGUUUGUGCGUCAACUAGAUGUGAUUUUAAUAUGUACAGGACAGCUUAAUCAUAUCAGGCUAUGAGAUUUGUAGACUCAGUAUUUAGUGUUUUCUAUUGAUAAAAGUUUGGAUCCCAGUACUGUUUCAUGAGUUUUUGGGGUUUUUUUUUUUUUAGGAGUUUGUGCUGUCAUUUUGUCAUGUAAAAUGCUGUGGAGUUCUCUGACCGCUUUCCACUGAACAUAAUCGAUGGAAAAUAUUCCUAUUUCUGUGCGAGUCAGAUAAGAUAAAUGCUAGAUGACUGACACUGAACCUUUUUCAUGCGCUACUGAUUUCUUUUACAAUGGAGAAACCCAAAUACCCCCCCCCCCCCGUCUCUCUCUCUCCCUCUCCAAUAACCAUGACUAUUUAUAAGGCCCAAAAUGUUCUGUUGAAUUUGCAGCAUCCGUUGCAUGUCUCUGUAUAUCUCUCCAGUGUUUCCAUCAGACUAAAUGAGAAGAGUAUUUAAUGAGAGAGAAGGCUUUGUUUUUUCCUUGCUGCCUGUCAGCUGUUGCGAUGGACUUUACCCUGAGUGAAAGUCUGACCUUUGCUGUUAUGCACGGGUAGCAAGCAGGAUAAACAAAGCCGAAGUGGCUCCUUUUUAGUCAUGUAGCACAGAGAUAUUUGGGCUUUUUUCUCCGUGUCAAUUUUCUUGCCGUAAAACUACUUAAGAUAACAGUCAUCAGCACUGCUUCAUAUUCCUUGUAUAUAUGUACAUAGAUGAAUUUACUAUUAUGUGGUGUUCUUGUGAACCAAACAGGGAACUUGUUCAGUAUUAGUUAAAUGAUUAUCAAGGGUUAAUUCUUCUCUAGACUUGUUUUAUUACCAUUAUUUAAAUGACUGUGUUUUAAUGUCAUGCAUGCAAUAUAAUCCACCAAUAGAAAUGGCACAAAUGUUGUAGCUGUCUGUAACCGACUCAAUGCAAAGCUGAAAGAUGUUAGAUGUGAUGACGGUUACAGAAAACUUUUGUUCUUUAAAACCAAAAAGCUAAUUUAUAAGGCAGAUUCAAAACACAUUUUUACAGUGCCACUCUCCAGUACAUUUUCUACCUCGCAGUACCUGACAAAGCCCUCAGAUGGGGAGACACCAUGACUCUAUUUAUGAGCAAUUCAGAUUUUUCAACUAGGAUCUCUGCAAGUCAAACAAAUGCCUGAUGCCAGUGAGAAAGACAAAAACAUGAAAAAGACAUAAUCAAAAGUUAUUGCGAGUCAAACGGGGAACAGAGUGUAUUUUUCUAAAUGUUGUCCAUAUUGUUGGAUUACUCUGAGUCCUUCCCCAAAAGGGAGAUGUCCAGAGGUUGGGGUGGUUCUAGAUACGAACUCACCACUGAAGGCAGAAGGGCCUGUCACAUCGGUUGGCUUUCAGUACAGAUAGGGAAUGUAAAACAUGGGUGAGGUCUCCUCUACCUCUGAAGAGUAGUAAUUAUCUUUAUGGGAGUGUUUAAUUAGAUGCCAUUCCCCCCAGUAACAUUGUGUGCUUCCACCUACAGUACCGCUCUGUCUUGACUGCAUGAUAAUUAUGGAGUUCAAGGAAAAUGUCAUUCCAUUUCCGUCAGUACUGCAGGCCUCAAAUGAACAGCCUUCUGAAAUGUUCAAAGGUCUGUAGGGCAGGUUAUUUUUGGACAGAUCUACAAUUUUGCUAGGGGGAGUAGAGAAAGAGAGGCAAUAGACUCUUUCAUCCCUUUGGAUCUGCCAUAAAUUAGACAAUAUUAGACUGGUAACUUUUUUUUCCUGAAUAUAAAAUACCUGUUGGGGCUAUUCAUACCUUGUCGCAAUGUUUCAAGUUGUAGCAAUGUGUUACUUAUGAAAUGAAUUUCUAUGGAUUUCCAAUAAUUAGUUUGAAAUAAAGAACACUAUUGUUUAUUCUUUGAACACUUGAAAGUUGAGUUGAUGCUAUCGGUUACUUGUUGUCCUGUCUGACGUACAGCAGACUAUCAGAUGUUAAAAUAGUUUGUGAAAACCAUAUUUAUUCAAUUUGUUGUGUGACAAAGUAAAGGGAGAUUUCUAUGCUAGAAAUGGAUAUAAUCAAGUAAUCAGUUAUCAAAACAUCCUAACGACAGAAAAAGUGAAAGCUAAAUAAAAGACAAUGAAAUGCUACUUUAUAUUGUGAAGUUGUUAAACACAUUGCUUAUGCUUAUAUUUAAGAGGGGAACAGAAUAACUGUUCAAAUGUAGCACGAUAAACAGUCAUCCACAGGGAGUAGUCCCCAGCAAACAGUUUUUCCCCACUUUAUGAUCACAUACCCCAUUACUGACAAUACUCCAACACACAGCUGAGGAAAUGGCAGGUUACAGAUAAAGGAUGAAGCCACCAUGGGCCAAUUAUGUGAAACCACAAGAUGUCACUAUAUCUACCUACACCACCACAACUCAACUCUCCUACUCAAAAGAAAUGAGGUCAGUUUGCUCAUUUCCGUCUGGAAAAAGCACAGCAUGCAAACAUGAUGCAUAAACACUUGCUCCCCUUAGGAUCAGUAUUUCACUACCCCAAAUGUUCUGUUUGAUAGUGUCAUGGACAUCAGCCAUGAGAUCGUAUAUACUGUGCCUGUUUGAAAAAAAAAAUGUUCAACCACACAACUUGUUCAGUCGUCUCUUUGAGCAGCCUAUUUUACGUCAGCUGAAAGUUUCAGACCAUUCGAACUAAAAAAUGCAACCUUGUAAUCAGUGAACGACUGCUCUAAAGCCCGUGUGUUUUAAUGUCCCUAAAAUGUCUGCUUUCUGUUAUGCUUUAUUUCAGAACCUUGUUACUAAUGUCAACAAUGAUUAGUUCUUUUGAAUAAAAGCUCCAGCCAAAUAUGACUCAUCAUUAGCUGGAAGAUGACUUGACACUACCUGUGGUUUAGUAAGAGCCCUCUUGCAACUGAUUUUAGGAGGAGAUGGAAAGAUGUCCCUCAUCAGAGUCACUUUUAAUGAGAACCCCAUUUAAAUAAGUUAACUUUUCCUGGAGUUGAUCUGAGAAAUGCGCUCUUAAAAUAAAAGGGCCCUGCUGUCUAUUGAGUUCAUAUCAAAGGGCAAAUGCCCACCCCCCAUUUUUUUUUCUUUAUAAGUAUACUGAGCAGUUUUUUCCUACUGUGCUUAUUUGUCUUAACAUAUUUGUAGCCUGUGUUUAUGUUCCUGAUCUCUAUCAGAAAUACAUGAUGCUCCGACAAGACAAAGGUCUAUAGCAAGCAAAUCUUUAGAAGAGAUCCAUUUGAUCUGAAUUCUGUAUGUUUCUGUGGACAGCAGCUGUUGGGGCCUGGAGUCGCUCUCCCAUGGCCUAACGUUAUGCUGUCUUUCAGCCAAUAAGCAUUAGAGCUGUCUGUCCUGUCCCUGUGAGAUAUCUUAAUAUUGUCCUUUAAAAAUAAUCAAAUCUAGGAAGUUUUAUCAUUGCCAUUUAGGGGGGAAAAAAAUUAAAUUUCAGAAGUUAGUUGAAGGCUGUUUGUGUUUCCUGGCAGGGGUUGUCAACCAGCUUUACAGUUUUGUUUUUGUUUCUACUGAUUUUAACACAUUGCCCCAUACUCCAUUUGGUUUCUGAUAUGCGUGUCCCUUAUUGAGAAUGACUUUCGCCUUGCCUGUCAUAUCUUCUUAACCCCAAAAUAGAAAUAAUGGGUGGUAGGAGGGUGCCACUCGGGGCAGCCUCCUACCUGAAAUAACCCUAAGAGUGAAGAGCACUGAGGAAGAACCCCCUGUAAACUCAACUAAAUGUACGUCAGAAAACAUUCAGCAGAUAUGUUCCAACACGUCUCAACAAAGCCAUUUGAAUCAUGUGAUCCCACCCAACUUUGUUUAGUGUUUUCUGUUUGAGGGCGGAGAACGUGUCACAACAUGAACAACGUCCGGUCUGCACAACUAUCUCGAUGCGAGCUUUAAUGAGGGUGUACUCUGCCACUAUUUCUGACUUUUGCUUUUCCCAUCUGAUCCCUCCUCACGGACACAUGCUUUGGGAAAAGAGUGAAAAGGGUUACUAUGUAGCCCAGGAAUUGUCCAUCGUUGUCUGUUUAUGUGCAGAAAGCUCAAACACCUUCUCACCAUGUACUGAGUCCUGGUUUAUAUCGUGGGAUGUUUUGGUUAAACAGUGUUUAAUAUGACUCGCAAUGGAUAUUGCUAGAAUGAUCCAAGGCCGGUUUAUAAACAACAUUAAGCAGACAAGCCAAAUGAUUCUCUUCUGCUGUAUUCUGUUGUACUUUUCCAUCAAUUAAAUUAAACAGACUAGCUGACAAAUAACUGAACUGUCUGAUCAUUUGCUAAUUGCAUAAAAUAAAUACCAAAUGUUCCAUCUG